AUGUUGGGGUGUCUCUCCGCAGAGAGACAAAAAAAAACAGAGACAGGAGAACCAAAGCAGCAGCAGCAACAGCAGCAGCAGCAGCAGCAGCAACAGCAGCAACAGCAGCAGCAGCAGCAGCAGCAGUGUAGCAACAGCACUGACAACAGCAGCAGCAAAAGCACCACCAACAGCAGCACCGCCAGCACCACAGCAACAGCAGCAGCAGCAGCAACAUCACCAACACCAGCAGCAGCAGCAACAUCACCAACAGCAGCAGCAGCACCAACAGCAGCAGCAGCAGCAGCAGCAGCAGACCUGAAAGAGUCUAUCUAG